AUGUUGGUGGGUGAUACUGAGAAUAACGUCGAUGAAAAUGUUUUCAGUAUAAAAAAAAAAUUCACUGAAAAGCUGGAUAAUAUGAAUGAAUUAUAUUCAAAAACUAUGAGUACCUUAGCAGAGGACAAGAUUAAAUAUAACUUGUAUACUAUAAGCAUCGAGGAACUAAGGCAGUCAGUGGCCCUCCUUGAAAAUGAUAUGGAAGAAUUAAAACUGGCGGCCGCUAAAAAAAAGAAUAGAAUUUUUGUUUUGACCAGAUUACUGAAACAAUCCAAGGAGAUUAUACCGCAAAAAGAUUCACAAAUUCUAGAUGUUAAGCAACAAAUGUCACUAUUUGUAAAAGAUUUAAAUAUGCUUAAGGAAGAUAUAAUUGAAUUAGAACAAACCACCGAACCAUUAGAGUUAGAAAUACAAAAUAUGAAAAAUUUGAAUGAUCAAAUAGACAUUAAACUCGAAGUUGAUAUUAAUGAAUUGAAGCGUUUAGGUAUAUUUUAUGAUGAAUUAAUAAAAAGAAGAUCUGAUACCAAAAGUGAACUAAAUAAAAAAAGACAAAGCUUAGAAAAUUUGAAAAAUAAAAUCAAACAAAUGGAAAUUGACAUACGUGUGGCUUCUCAGUAUUACCAUAAUAAAUUUGAAAACAAAAGAUUAUUAACUGUUUUUUUCAAUAAAUACGUAGGAAAAACUGAGAUUCGUGAGAUCAAAGAAAAAGAAAUGAAAGGGAGAGCAGAGUUUUUAAAGCAGGAUGUUUUUUUGAAACAUCGUAUUCGUAAUCUGAAAGAUGCGUUAAACGUAUUUGGCAAGAAAAACGAAUUUUAUUAUUCAACAAUGGAAGAAAACACGAAUCUUAUUAACGAAAUUAAUAUUCUACGGAAGGAGGCUAAUAUCUAUUUAAAUAAGUACAGCAAUUUCAAAUAUUUAUCGAAGAUUAAACGUGUGGAUGAGUUAACAAGAAAAAAGAAAGAAACAAAUUGA